CCUCGUCUCACCGUAAACCUGCGUGAAUCAGCUCACCAUGCAGCGACAAUCCAUGGCUGCUCGGCGCGGGGUUGAGGUAGCAGGUCUCGCCUUUGUCGCCGUCACGCUGUGCGCCGCCGUGUGCUCGGCGCAGACGACGGCGGCGGCGGCGCAGCCGGUGGUGACGAUGCCCACCUGCGCGCCGGUGCCGAUCAGCCUGUCGCCGUGCAUCGGCUACGUCUUCGGCGUCGGGUCGGCCACGCUGUCGUCGUGCUGCUCCCAGCUCCAGGCCUUCUUCAAGUCCCAGGGCCCCUGCCUCUGCGCCAUGUCCAAGCUCGCGCCGAGCCCCUUCGGCUUGGUCCUCGGCCAAGCCCAGGCCAUGAUCCCCAACGUUUGCAACCUGCCCAACGACCCAUGCGGCGGUGAUGUGGCCGGUGCAAGCACUUCGCCUGACGAUGCCACAACGCCGAAGGCAAAUGCCACGUCUCCGUUGGAUCAGGCUGCCCCUGCAGCAGCACCGGUAGCUAUUCCCGCCGGGCCUGACUCUGAAGCACCGCCGGUGCCAGCUGAGAAAUCUCCCGCUGCUGUGACAGCGCCAGGGAAGACUGCACCGGAAGGCGCUGGGUCAAGCAGCGGUACACAGGUUACAUCAAAGCUCCCAGAAUUGAUGCAUGCAGCAGGUGCACGAAGCUCCCGGGACACGGCUGCUAGCACCACCGUGCUGAUCACUCUGUUUCUUACUUGUGUUUCUGCCAUGUAUGUAUAGGCGUAAUAUAUAACACCCGCUUAGCGAUUACCAUAUACCAUAACGAAUGUCCUUAUGUACCAUGUCCAUGCAAUGCGUUGUAGACACAGACUGCACCAUGAUAUAAAAACACAGUCUCUGUCGAAACAAA